AUGUCGGACCAACUACUGUUCAGUGCUUUAUGGGCGGAUGCAGUUGCAGAAUAUGAAAAGCAAACAGAGCGAAAGAUCAACAAGGAUCAUGCGUUCCGGGAAUUUUCGAGCCUCGAUGACUUGGAAAAAGCUGUUGAGGGAGAGGAUAAACGCUUCAGCACUUUUCGCAGUGGUCAUCGCAGAAUGUAUUCAGCCUUAGCGAAGUGCAUGUCGCCAAUGCAGCCUAUUUUAAACAUUGUUCAGAAAGGUGUCGGAAACACUCCGUACGCACCGGCCGCUGCUGUUUUGGGCGCCGCAUCAUACCUACUGCAGGCAUGCGAGUCCGUCACUAAGGCUUAUGAUGGCAUCGAGGAACUCUUCGAACGAAUGCAUGACAGUACUGUAAGACUGCAGGAGUACAAGUACAGCAGCAUCGAGUCCUCCCUUCAGGCGAAAAUCACUGACAUUCUAGCUUACUUUCUCGACAUUAUCGGCAAAGCUGAAGCAUGUGUUAAGAGAAAACGGUUCAAGCAAUGGGCGAGAACUGUGUUUUUGCAAGAUGAUGGCAUUAGCUUCUCUGUUGAUAGGCUCCGAAGAUACACUGAGAGCGAAUUAGGCCUGGUAAUAGCACUAACAUACGGACGCGUGAAAGAUUUGCAGACAACCAUGAGUGAUACUCAAAGCGACGUCAAAAUAGUCAAGGCCGGAGUCGACGACGUACUUGCGUCUCAGCGCCGUGAUAGGCAAAGAGCGUUUUCUGAAGCAGAAGAAAAGUGUCUCGCGGACUCUCUGAGGACGAAGACGACGGAUGAUAUAGCUCGUGAGCAUGCCGCGAACGUUGAAAAGCUUACCCAGGGCACUGGGCUUUGGAUCAGAGACGAUGUUAUGUUCCACGCCUGGGAGCAAGAGCAGGCUCCCAUACUCUGGGUGUUCGGAAAACCAGGGGUGGGGAAGACCAUGCUUGCAGCGAGAACAAUCGAAACGCUGCAGAACAGGUACCCCCAACAUUCAGAUAUACCUUCCCUCACCUCGGUCAGCUACCUGUACUUCAAAGAUGACAAUCCAGCUCUACAGGAUUGCACUCAGAUGUGGAAGGCCGCUGCUUUACAAAUAACGAAAGCAAAUGACAGGUUCAAGAAGCACGUAGUAGCAAUGAUUAACAAGAAGCACCAGGACACCUUUGCUUCUGCACGUCAAAUCUGGCGACAUUUGUUUCUAGAUUUCUUCUCAGAAGACACCUCAUCACGAUCUCCAACCAGUCUUGCCUUCCUUGUUGUCGACGGCCUUGAUGAAGCUCCCGAGACUGAACGUGUCAGAUUUUUGUCCUGCUUAGCUGAACUCGUAGAUCGUGGUACGACUAAUCGUAAAUGUCGCAUACAGAUUGCCGUGUUCGCCAGGCCGGAUGUACGCGCAGACCCUGGCUUUGAAAAAGUUGGCUUUCGGACACAAGAACGGAUCAUUGAAGUCACACCAGACAAAAACACCUCGGACAUCGAAGCGUUCAUUCGGCAACGACUGGGCGAGGUCUCUGUGUUGAGAGUGCUUAGGAGAAGGAGAGCCAACAAAGAAUAUCAAACACUUGCUAGACAAAUAUACAAUAGCGUCCAAUCCAGAUCUCAAGGCAUGUUUCUAUGGGCAAGGUUGGUGUUUGAGCAGAUCCGGGAGUCGCCUUCUCCCGAAGCUAUCAGGGAGUCGCUCCAAGGGGUACCCGAGGGACUCGAUAACAUGCUCUACCACGUGUUCAAACGCCUUGAAGUCGAAGAACAAAUGCAUCGAUCGUACCUGACAGACCUCCUCUCCUGGGUCCUAUGCGCUUAUCGACCUUUGCGCAUAUCGGAGCUAUUUGUGCUGCUUCUCAUCAGUGCAAGUCAGCACUGCUACAUGAUUGAGGAGCAUCUCAAGGCUCGAUAUUCCAGUCUCUUUGAUGUUACAGCACCUAUUACCGGAAUUGAAUACGAUGAAGUGGAAGCUGGAACACAUGCAGAUGACAGCGCGAGUGAGCCAGACGACUUUGACUUUCUAGACAAACCUGAUGGUAGCGACAACGAUGAAGAAAUAGAGGGUGAUAUGGAUAGCUCAGGCGGCGAGGCUAAUGAAGCUCAACAAUCAAAAGAUGGUAUUCUUUCGACAAACACAGAAGACAGGCAAGACGUAUUCGACAUUCCAGUCCACUGGGAUCAGACGACUGUGACGUUCAGCCAUGCACGCAUUCGGGACUAUCUGACAACAGAAGGUGAUCCAUCCACAAGACGUUGGCACGAUUCCUCGAUCGUGCCAAAGGAUUUGAAUGCAACCCGACUUUCUGUCGUCAUUGCUUGCCUUCAAAUACUCCGCACAGACAUAGCCGACAAGUAUUCGGUGUACUCUUUGAAAACGUACGCUAAAAUCAAUUGGAUCAAACACCUCGUAGAGAUUGAUUUCAAUAUGAUUCCAAGGGCAGCUGCUGUGCAGUUGGCUCGAAUACUUUCCAUGUUCUUCCAGGACGGUCGUGUAUUACUCAAAGCGUGUGAGGAUGUAUGGAAUGAUUUCAUAGAGACAUGGUUUUGUACGGACAGAUAUUCAAGUCUCGUGCGCAAGAUCAUCACAGAGCAGCUGCACGAUCUUGAUGAACACGAACACAGCUGGGCAUCAUCUGUGACGCGAUCGGCUCGGGCGCUUUUUCAGCCAUUAAUUGCAGCUUGCGCUAGAAAAUGGCUCACGAAGACAGGAUGGAAUGAUGCCGCAUAUCUCGAGAAGUCGGAAAGAGCAGUUUUCGUGAUGUACGCUUACAGUCUAUUGACAGAUGAAGGAACCAAUAGUGGAUCAAUGGACACCUUCAAUGUCAACAAUGGAAUGUGGAAAAUUCCUUUAGAUGCCAUUGAGUCCAUUGCGAACGUAGAAACACUCCCAAAGUCGGAACAUUAUUACGCGGGUAUAGCAUGGAUUAUGAUGGAAGCGGACGAAGAAGACUACACAGAACGAGCCAUUAAAUAUUUCAAAAAGGCUCUUGAGCUGAAACCCGGGGGCUGGGUGGCAAUGGAGGGACUUGCAAGGUGCUAUGGUGAGAAUCUUCACGAAUAUGAAACCGCGAUCCGCUGGAUGGAGGAUGCCAUCUACCAUUUACCGCGCACAGAAGACUUUGAAGGGAUUGAAUUCUACCUCCAAACAAGAAUCCCAGACUGGAAGCUACAGCUUGGCAACAACCAGGAGUCCGUCGAAAUAGCAAAGGCUGCGUAUGAAGGCAGUCGCCAAUUCCGUUACGGAAACAAUACGGCUAGCGACGUGAGCACCCUGCGCAGCAUCAAGCAUUAUAUUGAGGCUCUGUACAGGACAGAAAGGUACCCUCAGUUCCUAGAACUGCUAUAUGAGCUUGACAGGAGAGAGACAUGGAAACAGGGGAGCUCGCUUUGGGCUGUUUUCUUGAGGGCUCAGUAUGAAGAGUACUACAAUGUUCAGGUUUUUUCCAAAGUUGGGAAGAUAACGCAAACAGAGCAGAACGAUGCGUUGCAGCAUUUCAUGAAAGUCUCCAUCAAGAACGCCAUCAAGCUGAAUGCCGAUUCCAUUAGUGAGGAUCAAUCAGUUUGGUUGGCCGUCCAAGCCGCAGAGUGGCUGUAUAAUCAUGCGCCACAGCCUGAAGAGUCCAUCGAACUGUGGGAGAAAAUCGUCACUCUGGUGGAUCAGAGCAAUGAAGUAGUCCAACAAUCUCAAGCUUGGUACAGGACAAGGGCAGCAAAAUUCCUCAGCAUGAUGUUUUUCGAUGCUGCAAAAGUUGCUUUCAACUCCGGCUUGAAUACUUCAGCCCAUAUAAAGAAGCUGGAGGAGUUGGCUAGCCACAAGCAAGGAAGCAAGCGAUACUAUCGUGCCUCCUAUCCGGCCCUGAUUCUCGGGUUAUGGCUGCAUGAGUAUGCGAAGGCAGAAGAAGAAGACUGGAGAGCUUGUAUCAGACCCUCCAUCAAGCAAGCACUGUAUUUGCUAAGUGAUGAGGACCCUUGGAACGAUCAAGCAGCAUACGCUCAGCUGGGUGCGGCGCUGCUGCUUGCCGGCGAUAUCCUCAACGCGUCUAUCGCCCUUGGUAUUACUAUGAAGCCACUGGAAGAUCAACGCUCCAUGCAACAGCAACGAAACGAUAUCUGCAACUCACAGCAAGGCGCCUUCUCCGAAGGUGAACUGGUACCGACGACGAAAGAGCUAAUGAAUGAUCCUGAUGAAGCAUACAUUGAGAAAGCAGCAAAGCUACAAGUUGAAGACUCAAACACGGCCAACUCGACCCCUGAACAUAGCGAGGAUGGAAGUCAAGAGGGCCGAGGACGUGGAAUUGCCGUUGAGAAACACGUAACACAAGAUGAGGGUGGAAACGAGGACUGGGAAGCAGCCUCCUCCUCCUCCUCUGAAGACGAUGAUCGUAACGAUGAAGUUAAUACCGACAGCGAGUCAAUCAACCCCAAAUACGCCGGCUUUGACUGCAUGUUCACCUGUGAUGGACCAUGCGAGUCCCCCCAAACUUCCUAUGCCGAACUUCAUUUCUGUCGCAUUUGUGACGAUGUGUGCUUCUGCGAAAAAUGCAUUGAGCUGGUCAGGAACGAUAAAAUGCCGUUUAGGUACUGCGCCAGUGAUCAUACUCACGUGCGAGUCUUUCCGAUGGUGGACGAGGCGAAACAUCUGGCCAUUGCUCUGAUAGAGAGAAGAUUCGAGGUCCAACAGGGGUGGUUGGAAGGACUUCGGAAAAUCUGGGACGGCUAA